CCCUCCAGUUCGGCCCCCUCCGGCCAUUGCGUCCGCUCCCUGCAGGGUGGAGGAGCUGAGCCGUGGGGUGUCCUGUCCCCUCCAAAGCGCUGCUGGCCCUUCCGCAUCGCUUACUCUCCUCCGGCCCCAGGGGAAGCACCCCAAGGAGGCAGGAUCGGCUCCCUGCACUCAGUCCCGUGGGCACCACCCCAUGACCCGCCGCUCAACCCCCGCCGUGCCGGCCUCGUGCCCCUGACCAGUCACCAGCCGCGCGCGCCACCGACCCGCGUGCAGCCCUGGGGUCCGCUCGGAUGUGACACGGGGACUCCGCAGCGCAGGCAGUCCUAGCAGAUGUGGCAGUCCUCCAUGGGAAGGGACGCCAGGCACCCGGGAGCUGAGCGCCAGCAGCGCCGGGACAGAGGAGCUCGGCUGGGGUCGUGCUCACCGCAGCGCCAGCCACAGCCUCAGGACAGUCAAUGCCUCCAGGAGAGCCCGCUAAGCCCCAGCCUCCAGCAUGUCCCAGCUCUCCUCCACCCUGAAGCGGUACGUCGACUCGUCCCGCUAUGCUGAGACCACCUACAGCAAGGUGCCCUGCGGCUACAGCUCCUACACCUCCUAUGGAUCCACCUUGGCCACAUCCUACGCAGACAGCGACAAGAUCGGCUUCAAAACCAGCUACCUGCCCUCCCCCCGGUACCACCACACGGGGCUGUCCACAACCAGUGGCUAUGACAGCAGCCGGCUGCCCCUGUACCCCGACUCCAGCAUCCGCCUGAGCCCCACAUACAUCUGCACUCAGCCCCGACCGCCCGGCGGCGGGCUGAGCGGGGGUGCAUGCUACACCUUCGCGGGGGCCCCCAGAAGCCCCCCGGGCUACCUGCCCACCACAGCACCUCUCAGCCGUCGCAAAUCCAUCAGCCACUCAGACCUGGCACGGGAGUUUUCGGGGCUGCACGCCUCGGACAGCACCUACGUGCCCACCUCCGGCCCCCUCAGCACCCGGGGCCGCCAGGAGCUCGGCGCCCUGCAAGGUCUCUACCAGGCUGCUGCACGCUCCGACUACGUCCGUGGCUACCUGGAGAGUUACGGGAGGAAAAGCAGCCAUGGCAGCCUCCCCACGGGCCCCCUCAGCCCCUCACAGGCCGCCCUCGGCUCUGCCCUGCCACCCUCAGGCACUCGCUGCACCGGCCAGCCCUGCGAGAGGAGCGAUGGCUACUGCGACGCGCCCACCCGGGACCCCCCGAGCUCCAAGGCGGUGCAGGGGCUGACCGGCUUGCGAAACCUCGGCAAUACGUGCUUCAUGAACUCCAUCCUGCAGUGCCUGAGCAACACCAAGGAGCUGCGGGAUUACUGCCUGCAGAACCAGUACCUGCGGGACCUCAACAACAAUAGCCGCAUGCGCACUGCACUCAUGUCAGAGUUUGCAAAGUUGAUUCAGUUGCUCUGGACCUCGUCCCCCAACGACAGUGUGAGCCCCUCCGAGUUCAAGACGCAGAUCCAGAGAUAUGCUCCCCGCUUUGUCGGCUACAACCAGCAGGAUGCACAGGAAUUCCUGCGGUUCCUCCUCGACGGGCUGCACAGCGAGGUGAACUGUGUGCUGGUGCGGCCGCGGGCCAGCACAGACACCCUGGACCACCUCCCCGAUGACGAGAAGAGCCGCCAGAUGUGGAGGAGGUACCAGGAGAGGGAGGACAGUCGCAUUGGUGACCUCUUCGUUGGGCAGCUGAAGAGUUCGCUGACCUGCAGCGAGUGUGGCUACUGCUCCACAGCCUUCGACCCCUUCUGGGACCUGUCCCUGCCCAUCCCCAAGAAAGGCUACGGGGAGGUGACCCUCAUGGACUGUCUACGGCUCUUCACCAAAGAGGACGUGCUGGAUGGGGACGAGAAACCGACGUGCUGUCGCUGCAAAGCCAGGACGAGGUGCACAAAGAAAUUCAGCAUCCAGAAGUUCCCCAAGAUCCUGGUGCUUCACCUGAAGCGCUUCUCAGAGGCCAGGGUACGAACGAGCAAGCUCACCACCUUCGUGAAUUUCCAGCUGAAGGACCUGGACCUCCGGGAGUUUGCCUCCCAGAGCUGCAACCACACCGUUUACAACCUCUACGCCGUCUCCAACCACUCAGGCACCACCAUGGGGGGACACUACACUGCCUACUGCAAGAGCCCCGUCUCCAGUGAGUGGCACAGUUUCAACGACUCCCGCGUUACCCCAAUGUCGUCCAGCCACGUCCGCAGCAGUGACGCCUACCUGCUCUUCUAUGAGCUGGCCAGCCCGUCCUCCCGCAUGUAGCCAGCCCUGCCUCCCUGGGGACCCCUGCGCCACCCCUCAGAGCCAGCCCUUCCAGGUUUCGGCCAUUUGCUCCCCAGGCGCAAGAGGGAGGUGAAGAGGAGGGACCGCGAGGUGGCUGCAGCGGGAGGCUGGAGGCAGCCAGGAGCAGACCCCAGGCAAGGACACCCCAGCUCCAAACUGAGGAGAGCAGCCCACGGCAGGGCAGGGCCCAGGCAGCUCAGGCGUCUCCUGGUCGCUGGCGUUUGGUUUUUACCUUGGGGUACGUUUUAGUUUCUUCCUUUCUUUCUUUCUUUUUUUUUUUGUUUUGUUUUGUUCUGUUGGUGUGUAAUAAAAAUACUGAGCAAGGGACUCUGCGGGCAUGGGGCUGCCUGCCCCAUUGACUAAGCCAGGACCUCUGCUCCCCUGGAGGAGCACCCAGAGCUGUGGACCCAGGAGAGCCUCCCACAUCCCUCCUGGCCUCUUGGCACUCCUGUUCUGUUUGGCCGCCCCAGAGGAUUCACGAACUGCUCCCGGCCUCCUCCCAGCAAUUCUGAAUCUCCUGGCGAAGGACCCCGGCCCUUCGGUUGCCUCCGUCCCAUCUCAGGCAGCGCUUCCCCACCAGCUGCCCCAUGCACACUCCUCAAAGCAGCCUGAGUUCAGGCCCAGCCCCACGGACAGGAGGGAGGAAAACAUUUUGUGAAAUUUCUAUGUAUUUAUAGUGGACUUCGCUCAACCUAGAGCACCCUGCCGCUUUCUGGCUCUCCAGGGACUUGUGCCAGGGCAUGCUUCGGGUAGAUUUUUACCUGCCUCCUCAUACAACGGUGCCUUAAACCAUUUAGGGGAGCGGGGGGGGCGGGCAUUGGGGUUGCACAGGAACGUCCGUCCUGCAGAGGAGAGGGAGGGGAGGGCAGUGGCUUUCCGGGACCAUCUGCAGUUGGGGCUUUCUUCUCACUGCGAUCAGGAGCCCCCCCUGGGUGCCUGGGGACGCGCGUCCCCACUUGCUCCGCUGCUCUGUCCUCCAGUUAGCAAACGCCAGUGGCCUUUAUAGCCUUUAUCUCUAACUUAUUCUCCUCCCCAUCCUGCCUUGCCCGAGGUGCGGCGGGAGGGGAGAUGGGCCCGACCCAGCACAAUCCCAGCCCCAGCCCGCAAGGCAGCUACUUCCAACCCAGCGACCCAUCCUUCUUCGCCCUCGCUGGCCCUGCGGGCACAGGCUGAACGCUCUCACGCCAUGAGCAUCCCACCCAGCUCGGAGCAUCCCGGUGUGGCGGGGGGGAGGGCGGGCCAGAAUGGAGGGGCUGCCCGCGGCAGGUACCGGACUGGGGCAGCGUUGCUGCUUGGCAGGUGGCUUGUUUACUGUGUAAGCAAGAUGGGCGGGAAGCGUCUCGUACAAGGGAGACUCACGCAGGAAUAAAUUUUAGCUUGAACA